GUUGGCUGGAAGCACGGCGCAUUGAUUGAACGCCUCGAGUCCCAACGCAAGGUGAAGAGCGAAGCCUUCCACAAGAAGAAGACGGCGACCCUGAGGGCCAAGAACGAGGCCAAGAAGGCUGUGAAGCUCUCUGCGGACGACAUGAAGGCGCUUGAGGAUGCAGGCUACGCAUGA